AUGACGACAGGAACCUCUCGCCCUCUAGCCCAAUUUCUCGAGAGGACGCAUCGCAUAUAUAUUAUAUCUAUCUAUCACUCUAUCUAUCUCAGUCCGUUUAUAUCUAUCUAUCUGUCUCUCUAUCUAUCUAUCUAUAUUAGCAUGUUUAUAUCUACCUACCUCAGCCUGUUUAUAUCUGUCUAUCUCAGUUUGUCCCUAUCUAUCUAUCUAUAUCUAUCUAUCUAUCUAUAUCAGCCUGUUUAUAUCUAUGUACCUCAGCCUGUUCAUAUCUGUCUCAGUUUCUAUCUAUCUAUCUAUCUAUCUCAGUUUGUCCCUAUCUAUCUAUCUAUCUAUCUAUCUAUCUAUCUAUCUAUCUAUCUAUCUAUCUAUGUACUCCCGUACCCGUCUCUUUUAAGAGCCAUCUAUUGCCAAUCCUCUUUCGCCCGUCGUCGUAUUUACAGCACUAAGUGCAUCCUAAGCCUUUCUCUCUCCCUUUGUGCUUCCAUAUUGUUAAAAGCCUUUCCAUGGAUAAGCCAUGUGCCACAUCCACUUACAAUGGUCUGCUAUCAAAGUCCAAUAUUCUAUCUAUCUAUCUAUCUAUCUAUCUAUCUAUCUAUCUAUCUAUCUAUCUAUGCCAUACAGAAUAAGCCAUGUGCCACAUCCACUUACAAUUGUCUGCUAUCAAAGUCCAAUAUUCUAUCUAUCUAUCUAUCUAUCUAUCUAUCUAUCUAUCUAUCUAUCUAUCUAUGCCAUACAGAGUAA